AUGUAUAGAUUAGUGUUACAGAAGUCUGUCACAGUGACAGGUGUUAGUGUAUGUGAUCACAUUUCCCGUGUAUCAACAGACCGGGUCUGGAUCAGUGGUUAUAGUAACAAUCUCAUCUUGACAAACACAGCAGGUGAUAAACUACAUCAUCUGACAGGUAUAGGUAGUGGUUAUAGAGGAGUACACACAGUGACUCGGGACGGUGAUUUAAUUUAUAUAGACAGUCACAGUAACAUCAACAAACUGUCUACAGAUCACAGAGUAAAGUCUACAUUAAUAAAGUACAACACAGCACCAUGGGAACCACGGUGUGUCUACAGCUCCCCCUCCACUGGAGACCUGCUGGUGGGGAUGUAUAAUGAUGAUACAGAUACAGGCCAGGUAAACCGUUACACUAACACAGGACAACACAUACAGACCAUACAGCACGACAACAACACAGGUCAGGGACUGUAUAGUUAUCCUUACUACAUCACAGAGAACCGCAAUGGAGAUGUUAUUGUGUCUGACUUGUGGCGUGAUGCUGUAGUGGUGACAGAUGGUGUAGGUAGACACCGCUUCUCCUACACAGGACCUCCAUCAGGAUCAGGACUACGACCACGUGGAAUCUGUACUGACGUGCUGUCACACAUCCUGGUGUGUGAUUAUAACACCUGCUCAGUACAGAUACUGGACUGUGAUGGGAGAUUCCUGUCGCAGAUAGAGACACGACAACACGGGAUAGACGGACCACGGGGCCUGAGUUAUGAUGACAACACUAACUGUGUCUGGGUGGGAUCAUUGAACAACAACACAGUGAACAUCUACAGACUUAUACAUGAAGACUCCCUGACCGAGUUUCUGAGGAAGAAGACAACUGUUUUUCAUGCCAGAGGAAUACUUGUUGGAUGUACCGAGGCUGGAAAAACAACACUACUGAGGCGAUUAAGAGGGAAACGACAAAAUGUAGGUGAAGUUACAAAGUCAUUCAGGGGAAUAACAACACUGCUGAAACGAUUAAGAGGGAAACGUCAAAAUAUCAGUGAAGUAACAGAGUCCACUAGGGGACUGGAAGUCCAUCAGCAUCUCUUCAUUGUUAAAGAUGGAAUGUUAGAAGUGGCUGAUGAUGACUCACCCUUAAAGACAUUUAUCAGGAUAAAUGCUGCAGAUUUGAAACCAGACCCGAGCAGUGAAGUUUCUGUCUCUGCUACAAAUGAAAAAUGUGACAAUUUGGAACGAGGAAAUACUGAUAAAAACAAUGAAGUAAUUUAUAGCAGAGAAGAAAAGAAAGAAAGAAAUAUUGAGUUGUCCAGUUCUCAAACUGAAGACAAAGAAGAAAAGAAAGGAGAUAAUAUGGAAAUGUCUAGUUCACCAACUGAGGACACAGAAGAAGAGACUACAGUAGAGACAAUGGCCAAUAUUCUCUCCUCAGAAGCUCAAGCAAUGGUGAAGGAUGAAAUUUUUCAGAAAAUCUUGUCUGAAAAAGAAAAGUUACCAACAGUAAGCAUGCUGGAUUUUGCUGGACAGUUAGCGUAUUAUGCCUGCCACCAAAUUUACGUAACACCAAAGGCUUUCUUCAUCCUUGUGUUGGACAUGACUAAGAUGUUUGAAGAUGUUGUCAGUCAAGAGAAAGAUAAUCAAGAAGGAUCAAUCUUCUCUGUGUGGACAUACAAAGACUACCUGAAGUUUUGGAUUACCUCAAUCAAGACAUUUGGAGGCAAAAAGGCACCACUGUUUCUUGUUGUCACACACACAGAAAGAAAAUCUACAGCUGAAAUUAAGAAGUAUUUUGGGGAGUUUUGGGAAGCAGUUCCAGAUGAGGACAGAGAUUGGUUAAGAGAUUCUCUCAAUGAUCGUGAAUAUGCAGUGGGUCUAGAUGAACUAAAUGACAACUCGAAAAAAAUGCUGGAGUCAAUGAAAAUGUCCAUAGUUGAACUGUUCAAAGAUGAGAUAAAUACUAAAAUUGAAAUGCCUUCUUCAUGGGCUUUAAUGGAACAGUUAUUGUAUGAAGGAGCAUGGAAGGUUUUGUCCCUUAGUGAAAUCUGGAAGCUCAACUUAUCCCUUCCCCAUGAAUACCAAAUUAAAAGUGAUGAGGAAAUGUCUAUGUUUUUAAAGUGUUUCCAUGACAAUGGCCUUCUUUUGUAUUUUGAAGAAGAGAAAUUGAGGGAAAAUGCAGUGCUUGACAUUCAGUGGUUUGCUAAAGCUUUCAGCAAGAUUAUUGCUGAUGAAAACCAUAUCAAUAAAGACUGCAAAACAAAUUUAAUCAAGGAAUGGAAAUCCUUCAAUAAAACGGGAGAACUUAAAGAUAAAGUAAUAGAUGCACUUUGGAAAGAUGAACCUUCAUACUUGAAACACAAAAGUGAAAUUAUGUCUUACAUGGAGAAGCUUCAAAUGCUUGUAGCUUUGGACUCUUUUGAGGCUGUAUCAGAAGGUGGCAUGUCAUGGUAUGUCCCAUGUAUGAACAAAAAGCAGUUUAAAGCUAACUUUUGUGAAGAAAAAUGGGAAUGCUCCUCCAUUUUGUGCUUUCGGUUCACUUCUUUUGCCAUGUUUGUGUUCUACAGACUGGUAGCAUACUGCAUGAGUUUUCUAAGAUGGAGUGCUUCAAUAGACGAAGACAAUGAAGGGAGUCCUUGUCUUUAUCAAACAGCAGCAGUGUUUGAUCACAAUGAACACACUGUUGUUAUUGGCAUAUCUAAUGACGAUAUCCAGUUGCAAGUAUUGAGAAUCACACCAUUGACUAUAGACAAGGACGUAUCUAAUGAAAUUGGAGAAUCCGUUGAAAAAGCCAUAGAAAAACUGACAGAAACAUUUAUCGGUACAAAAAUAUUCCACAGAGGAUUCAAAUGUCAAAACGUUAUUUGUAAUGAAGAAGAUCUUUCUUUCACCCUUGCAAGCGAGCUCUCCAAUAUUAAAACUGAUAAAGACAUUCAGUGCAAGUGUCGACUGAAGGAGAAACACGUGAUAAGUGUACAAAGGACUCUGAGUUUCUGGGAAAAGAGAAAGGUGUGUGAUUCCAGUACUCCAGGGGCCUCUGGACAAGACCUUGGGAACCGAUCUAGAUUUGCAAAACUUGGAAUGGCAAUGAAUGAUGUGUUAAAUCAGGCAUACAGAGAUAUUCUAGAAUCAGAAGUUCCCCCUUCUGAUAUUGAGAACAAGGUGAAUUCAUUAUCAAACAAAAAGAGGAUGAAUCUGAAGUUGAACACAGAUCAAGAGGAUCUUUUGAAAAGAGCAAAAAAAUCUGGAUAUAAGGAAUUUGAUAUUUCAUUAACAUACAAGAUGAUAAGAAACAUUUGUUCAACGAUCCCUAAACCAACAAAAGGAAAGUGGGGAGAAGAGCCUGCAGCAGGAGAGGUGACAGUGGGUGAUGAUAUUGAGAGAAUUAGGUUAAUCCGAAACAGUUUGACUGCUCAUGUGAGCUCAGCCUCCACCCCUCAGACAGAAUUCGAUGACACCUGGUCGACGAUGUCAGAUAUCUGCCAAAGAUUGGAAGCCUUUACUGGAAAGAAGUACUUGAAUUACCUUAAUAGCAUUUAUAAACUGACUUUAAAAGAUGAAGAUGCUAUUUCAGAUAUUAUUGCAAAGGUUAACAAGGAACAACAUGAAAUGUUGAAGAAAUUAAUGUCAGAUAUGCAAGAAGUUAAGUCAGAUGUGAAGAAAUUAAAGCAAAAUUGAAGCCGACAGGCAAUGAUGCCCAAAAUUGGUCUAAUGCAUGUAGGACUUUAAUAAUUAAAUGAGUGUCAUUUGAAAAUAUAUGCCAAAGAUUAGAAUCUUUCACUUGAAAGAAGAACUUGGAUAGCCGUUAAUGAUAUUAAAACACUGAUCUUGAGAAAGGAAGAAGAGGAUGCUAUAAAAAAUGAAAAAAUGCAAGAAAUUUGGGAGAAGAUCAAAACAAAUAUGCUAGAAUUCAAAAUAGUGUUCAAAUCAGAAGCUGAUUAAAUGAUGUGAAGAAUUCUAAAGAUUGUAUGUUUUACUUGAAACAGAAUCCACAAUGGAAUUUGAAUGAUUUUAUUCAAGGAUUUGAUAUCCGGAAUUGAUAUUUGUUUACUUACAUGUAGCUCAAGAUUUAGAACAGUUUGUGAUUUGACAAGACAAUCAUAUUUUUUGUUUGUCUGCUGAUCACACUAAUUUCAAUGAAAUAUGUGGAGAUAAUGAACAGUAUUGAGCUCAAAUGUCUAUUAAACAUUACAAAAUAGGAGCAGAGCAAACACGGACCUCUAAGACAAACAUAAAAUGAUUACAGUGUGUGGUUUGAUAAGAAAAUAACCUUUUUUUGUUUAUUGAUUAUACUGAAUUCAAAACUUUAAAUGAUUUUGGCUAAUAAUCGCCAUAAAAUACGAAGAUCAGCUUUCCUGGCAUGAAAAUAUUUCAAAAUAAAAUAUACAUGUAUGAGGAGGCCAAAUUUUGAAAUAUGUUACCUUAAGCUACCGACACGUUACUUCAAUAUCCGUUUUGUAUCUCUUUACAUAUCUGUACAAGAAAUUGAUCAUCAUCUUGUGAUUUAAACUGUUUUCAAAAUGUCGAAGUAGAUAAAAACACUAAAAUAUUGUGAUAUUGGUAAAUCAAAAGAUUUCCAAUAGGAUUAUAUAGUAAAUACCAUCCUCUGGUAUCUUGCACAAAUGCCUGGUAAGGUGCCUCAAAUUUUUGCGAGGCAACUUGUUAAAGUAGCAAAACUUCAAUUACAAAUUUUUGGCAAAGGUUAUAUAUUAUUGAAGAACGUGUCGUCUGACCUUAAAAUGUCAGAGCCUUCAUCGAAUUAAUUCAUAAUUUUAUUCGUUAAUGUUCGACAUUUCAACAGAUGUUUAUUAUGUAGUAUGUAUGAUGGAUGGUGACAACAAUGGUGAAAUUCCUGUGCCUGUAGCUUGGGUCCAAACCCUUCAAUGCCCUGUUCAUUUAUAAUGUAAAACCCCAUUGCGUUUCUGUGCAACAUUACUUUAAUUUGUACAUUCAAAUUGUCUUUUUUCGUAUUCGUUUUUUUUUUAAAUUGGGUUUUCAAUGGAAUUGAUUUCUCGAUGGUCAUAUGGUACUUACUAGUAAAACCUGUCUAUAAGUCAAUUAUUAGGGAACCCUCAUUUUGAAAUCCAUUAUGUGCAGGAAAGGAGUUGUGAAUCAAUGCUCUGUGUUUCUACCGAUUGUACUGCUUCAGAGUAGCUGUAAGUACAAAUCUUUAUGCAAGUAUCAGGCACAUACCUAAUUAUCUGAUGCAUGAUUUCAUUUCUCAGACACAGAUUUGCGAUUCUACUUUGUCGCUUUUGGCAAUAAUCUAUAUUUAUUAUGCUGAUGUAUCAUACUUAAUUAUAUUUAGUACAUUUUCAACAGUGAAAUACUGUGAUUUAUUUAUUGAAUAAAAGUGAUAUUCUCUCACAGUGUGAAGUGAUACCCAAAUGAUAUUCUCUCACAGUGUGAAAGGAUAUCAAAGUAAGUAAAAAAAAAAUUCUGGCCUGUCAUAAGAUAGGGAUAGUAACUAAACCGUCUUGAUAGAGACUAAAACUGCCACUUUCUUCCCAAAUAUAUUGCUAAAAAUCCAUGUUUAAAUGUUUUCAAUCUCACAAUUGCUAAGCUACGAUGUCUCCACCGCUCAACUAUGACGUCACACCCUAUGGCACUGUGUUGAGAAAAGACAGAGGCAAAAGGAAAAUCAAAGAAAAUAUAAUAAACAGAAAAUUCAAUGUUUUGUAGCUGGAUAAGGAAUUUAUUUCACUCGUGAG